AUGCUUCUAACACCACCCUCGUCUCCUCAACUGACGACUUGUCUUGGACCAGAAGACAAACUUGGGUGUUUGUUGAACGACACUUAUAGACUUGUCUCUAUCCUUGGAUGUGGCGCCUAUGGAGUGGUCUACCAGGCCAUCGACAUUAAAACCAAUAUCCCUUAUGCCGUGAAGGCUCUUCCCAAAACCGGACUGGAUGCCAGACAACGACGGUUUCAAAAGCGAGAGAUCGCUCUUCACCAUCUCGCAAGCGGUCAUCCCAAUGUUGUUAAGCUGGAGCGCAUUCUUGACAGCCCAGAUUGCACAUACGUUGUGAUUGAAUUCUGUCCCGAGGGCGACCUUUUUUCCAACAUCACCGAACAGGGCCGUUUUAUGGGCGACGACUUGCUAGCCCAGCAUGCCUUUUUGCAAUUGUUGGAUGCCGUCCAGUACUGCCACUCCCAAGGGAUCUAUCAUCGUGACUUGAAGCCCGAGAACAUUCUUGUCACCAAUCACGGUUCCACUGUCAAACUGGCCGAUUUUGGACUCGCUACCAUGGAUUGCGUCACAUCUGACUUCGGGUGUGGUUCGACCUUCUACAUGUCUCCAGAAUGUCAACAACCACCGACCAGGUCCUAUGCUCGUUACGCUUCUGCGCCUAACGAUGUCUGGAGUCUCGGCGUUAUCUUGGUUAACCUGACUUGUGGCCGUAACCCAUGGAAGAAGGCUUCACCUGAGGAUUCCACGUUCCGCGCGUUCUUGAAGGACCCCAUGUUCUUGAGCUCGAUCUUGCCCAUCUCUCCCGAGUUGAAUAUGAUCUUGCGACGCAUCUUCGAAUGUGACCCUCAGAAGAGAAUUUCUCUCCAGGAACUUCGGGAGGCCAUUAUCAACUGCCCCAGGUUGACCAUGCCGUCUUACAACACCUUGCCGCCGUCCCCUCCUCAAUCUCCAACAUACUACGUGGAUCCCAUGGAUUGUGCCAACGUGGUCCUUCCUCCAUCCCCACCCGCCUCUCCAUGCCCACGGCAACCCUUCCACGCUCAACCAUCGGAUUAUUCCUUGUUCGAACCCGCUUCGAAACAAGGUUCUUCCUGCUCCUCACUGUCCACGGAUUCUGGUUACGAGUCUGAGGCGUUCUAUGCCGACGCUGGCCAUCGUCUGCAACCCAUUUUCAACUUCUACGGCAACGUUAUUCCCCUGAAUGAUCAUGAAAAGCAAUAUUAUUUGCCACCCAAUUUUGUUCCCACUGUUACCGCAUAUUAA